UCCUUCAUUUCUGCUCCCUGCUUUUUCCAACUUCUUCUCUUUCUUAACUCACCCAUCUAUGGCUUCUAACUAUUCCUUCUCUUCUUCAAUUCCUUCUCCAAAAUCUAGCAUGUUUUAUUUUGGUGGAAGUGAAGAUUUCUAUGAUCAACCUCACUUCCUCCAAGCUUGUUUUCUUUGUAGAAAACAUCUUGGCCAAAACAAAGACAUCUUUAUGUACAGAGGGAACACACCAUUUUGUAGCAAAGAGUGCAGACAAGAACAGAUAGAGAUUGAUGAAUCUAAAGAGAAAAGUUGGAAGAUUUCAUCCAAAAGAAGUGUUAGGAAUUCAGAAACCAAUCAGAAUUCUACCAACAACAAGACUGUAAGAUCAGAAUCAGUUGCAGUGGCCUAGCAUAAUUCACAUGAUAUAUGUAUGAUGAAAAAAUAAUUCCAAAUUUUUGAGAAAAAAAUGAUGAAGUGGAAAAUUAAGAGGAAUUAAUUUCCAUGAUGAAGAUUCUGAUUUUAAAAAAGGAUGAAUCUUUGCUACCUUUUGUAAAGAAAUUGUUGGAGUUUUAAUGAGAGAUAGAAAAAAAAAAACUCAACAAGGAAUUUUGGCUUUU